GCAGUCGCAAAGGUGAUUCCGGGGUCAAUAUUGAACUGUCAGUCCGGCAUCUGUAAAAAAAAUAAGAAAAUAUUUGUAGUGUGAAAACACGCGAUAAACUCAGGAAUUUUGGUAGAAAUAACAUUUUUAGGGACAUGGCCUUUAAUUUUCCUGCAUUCACGUAUAUUGUGGCACUGAUAGCAGACGCCUUCUUGAUAUUCUUCUCCAUCUUCCAUGUGAUUGCAUUUGACGAACUCAAAACGGAUUACAAGAAUCCAAUCGAUCAAUGCAACUCCCUCAAUCCUCUUGUCUUGCCUGAGUAUCUUCUGCAUUUCCUCUUCAAUUUCCUGUUCCUGCUGGCACACGAAUGGUUCUCCCUGGCUCUGAACAUCCCGCUAAUUGCUUAUCACAUCUACAGGUACAAGACGCGACCGGUGAUGAGUGGGCCAGGACUCUAUGAUCCCACCAGCAUCAUGAAUGCAGAUGUCUUAUCCAAAUGCCAGCGCGAAGGAUGGAUUAAAUUAGCCUGUUACCUCCUUUCCUUCUUCUACUACCUUUACGGGAUGAUUUACUCCCUCAUUUCCACAUAAAAUCACACAAAAAGAUAAGUCCCUCUCCCCUGAGGCACAUCAUAAAACAUCCUAGACUAAAAAAUUAGUAAGAUCUUUGUGUUUGGUGCGUUUGGUGUUAGUUCAUUCUUUGCAUUGUAUUUUGGUCAGACUCGAAGAACCUUUUUUCUCACAUUUUCUUUUGGACAUUUUCGCAGCUUCUUGUGGUCACAAACAUGAAAUUUGUAGGAAAUAUUGCAAAAGUUUUCAGUAGAUAAUUGUAAAAUAUAUUAGAAAUUUGUAUUUUCAAAAAUAUUGCAACCCACGAGGUUGAUCUUAGGCAAAAAAUUAUGAUUUAUCGCAUCAUAAAUAGAAAAAAAUCAUUAUCAAUCCUGUUAAGAUUGAAUAGAAUAAUCUUUCAGAUUCUAAAGACAGCAUUUCUGUACAUAUUUAUCACAGAUGAGCCAUUUUUACACAAAUUAAGGAAUUAAGCAAUAUAAAUUUACCAUUGUACCCGCCUAAAUUUCUUUUAUCCCAGCAAACAAAUCACAGCUAUUGUGAUCAAACGAAUACUACUACUUUAAAUAAAUUGCAAAGAAUUACUUUGGUAUUUCCAGUAGAGAUGGA